CCGAUAUAAAUUACAGCAAAUUGGAGUAACUUGUAUCAUUCGAACGCAUUUGUUGACUUAAGCACAACACAACCCGUAACAAAUUCGGUACCAUGAAAUUCUCAGUACUCUUUGUCGUAGCUCUUUUCGGUGCGGCCAAUGCUGGCUACAUUCUAAGUCACGGAGAUGCCAGUGGACAUGGAGGUCACGGAGCUGCUUUCAGUACCAUUGGAACUAGUGGACUUCGCACCAUCGCACAAGGUUCAGCAAAUCAAGCUCAUUCCGCUGCCGCUCAACAACAUGCCGCCGCCCGCCAAGCAUCCUACGUAGCUAAGAGCACCUUGGCCCAAGCUGCCGUUCAAGCCGCCGCCACCGCCCAAGCCGCCCUUGCCGGAAAAAGUGUUCUUUUGCAGAAUAUCGAACAACAGUACGCUGAGGCUGACCAGGCUCUCCAAGGUGAAGUAGCACAGCUCCACUCUGCAGAAGAAGCUGCUGCUUCUGCUCAAGCCACCGCAGAACAAGCUCAAAGCCAUGUUAAUGUUUUGACUGGUGCUUUGAACAGUGCCCAAGGUGUCUUAGAACAUGCCCAAGGUGCCGCUUCCUCCGCUGCAUCUGAACUUGCCUCACAAACUGAAAUGGUCAACAAAGCUAAGGCUCGUCUUCACGCCCUUGAAGCUCAAUUGAAUGCUGUUCGUGGUGACUUUGCUGCUACUCAAGAUGCUGCUGAUAAGGCCAGCCUUGCCGCCCAAGCUGCACAAAACAAUGCUGCAGCAGCUGCUUCACAUGCUUCUCACGAACUUGAACAAUCCGCAGCUGCUAUUUCAGCUCAUGGUGCCAUUGCAGAUGAUAUUUACGGACAAACCCUUAUCAUUAAGGACAAAUACCAUCAUUAAACAAAUGUGUUUCGCCUAGAUCACCAACAGUAUUACUACGCUCUCAAUAAAUAAUUAAUUUUUAACAAAGUGUC